AUGUCUGUCGAAGAGCAAGUCAAACUUUCCAACUUCUCCAGCAUCUUCUCCCUUGAGGGCAAGGUCGCUGUUGUAACAGGCGGUUCCCGGGGACUAGGACUACAUGCAGCCUCGGGUCUCCUCCAAGCCGGCUGCUCCAAGGUCUACAUCACCUCCCGCAAGAAGGCAGCUUGCGACGAAGCAGUCGCAGCUCUCAAUGCCAUCCCCAACAAGCGGCCCGGCGCACAAGCCAUCUCCGUGCCGGCAGACAGCUCCGACAUGAAAGAGCUAGACCGACUUGUCGCUGAGGUGGCCAAGACCACAGACCGUGUUGAUAUUCUCUUCGCCAAUGCUGGCGCAACAUGGGGCGAGAAGUUUGAUACCCACCCCGAGAAGAUGUUCUCAAAAGUGAUGGAUUUGAAUGUGAAGAGCGUGUUCUACACGAUCCAGAAAUUCACCCCUCUCCUCACAGCAAAGGCAACCCUCGCAGAUCCAUCCCGCGUCAUUAUCACGGCCUCUGUGGCAGGUAUUGGGAUUGGCGCAAUUGGCGAGAAUGCAACACCGUCUUACUCCGCUUCCAAGGCCGCUGCUAUCCAUCUGGCGAAGAACUUGGCUGUUGAGCUUGGGCCACGUCAUGUCUUGACCAAUGCUAUUGCACCGGGGUUCUAUCCCUCGAAGAUGGCUACUGGGCUUAUUGAGGCAAAAGGUGGUAUGAAGCAUCUUGAGGAAUUCUCGCCGAAUGGUCGCCUUGGAAAGCCUGAGGAUAUUGCUGGUUUGGUGGUCUUCCUCGGUUCUAGGGCUUCUAGUCAUUUGAAUGGAGCGGUUAUUGCGACAGAUGGUGGAGCUGUGAUCAAGGGAAGACUCUAA